CACUCACUCCUCACAAAACAGACCCUCACCGAUUCCUCGCAUCCAUCUAUCCGAUAACGUUACGGUAUAAAUACCAAUUGUGAUACCAACCCCACAUUUCCGGGAAAAUAACAAGACUGCCACCCAAAAUAUAUGCAGUCCAAUCUUCCAUUUAUAUCUAAAUUGCCACUCGCCGAGGUGCAGUCUAUAAAUGAAGCUGAUCGAUGUUGCUCCGACGGAGAUGAAGCAGGUAGUAACAACCUUCAUCUUCCUCCACCUCUUUUUCUCCGUAAAUGCUUUGCGUAGAAUACCCGCUGACCCAUGCGAUCCCACGGCCCAGCGGGACCCACGGACGCUCCGGUCUGACCAGGUAACGGUCCUCAUCAACGGCUACUCCGAGUCCCGUAUCCCUCUCCUCUUGUCACUGGCUACCGCGUACGCGGGAUCCCCUCUGGUAUCCUCCGUGCUCGUUCUCUGGGGAAACCCCACCACCCCAGUCAAAACCAUAGACCGAUUGGCCCAAAAUCUCUCGGUCUCCGCCCUCGGCGAGGCACCGAUCUCCCUGGUCCGCCAACCAUCGAGUAGCCUCAACGCUCGGUUCCUAUCCCGGCCCUCCUCUAUCUGGACCCAAGCCGUUCUGAUCUGUGACGACGACGUGGAGGUCGACCACCGAUCAUUCGGUUUUGCGUUCAAAAUCUGGGGAUCAAAUCGUGACCGUCUGAUCGGAUUCUUUGUAAGAUCGCACGACCUAGAUCUGUCGAGGAAGGAAUGGAUUUACACGGUACACCCGGACAAGUACUCCAUCAUGCUGACCAAGUUCAUGAUCUUGAAAACCGAGUAUCUGUUCAAGUAUACCUGUGGAGGUGGGGCGACAAUGGUGGAGGCGAGGAGGAUCGUGGAUCGAAUGCGCAACUGCGAGGACAUCCUAAUGAACUUUGUGGUGGCUGAAGAGACGAAUGCAGGGCCCAUACUGGUCGGGGCUGAGAAGGCGAGAGAUUACGGGGAUCCACGCAAUGACGGCGGUGAUGAACGCCGGGGAUCGAUGGAAGAGGGAGUGAAGGAGGUGGGGCUGAGUAGUAGGAGAGGAGCGCACAGGAAGAGGAGGGGAGAGUGCAUAAGGGAGUUCCAUAAGGUGAUGGGAAGAGUGCCUCUGAGGUAUGGCUACGGGAAGGUAGUUAAUUCCGUUGGUGAACAGGGAUUGUGCGAGAAGGGAGGGCAAUUGGUGUUUUGCGAUCAAUGACAGUGAAAGUGCUCAUGGAUUAGAGAUAGUUUUGGGACGAUUAAGAACAAUGAAAGAAUUUCCAAGUACUCGAAGUUGAAGAUCUUAAUGUAGCGUCAAAGUAUUCAUGCCUUACCAGUGUGAUAUUCAUUUUGGCUUACAAAAGGAUUGCUUAUUUUUGGGCAAA